AUGUCUAUUUUGCUAGCAUUACGAACGUGUGUGGCUCCACCAGUCACUGGUCUGCUGCUCCGGAAGCAAGCCACCCGAUCGAUGGGACACACGGUUCGAGUUAUUGUAACGGACGACCUUCCACAUGGCAAGGCCUACCAAGGUGACGUGAUCCUCGUCAAGGCAGGCUACGCUCGGAACUAUUUGAUUCCCCAAAAGAAGGCCUUGUAUGCAACGCGGCAAAAUUUUGAGCGCCUCGAGAUGAAAGAUCCUGAUCGGGAGUCUGUGGAAGAACGCCAAGCUCGUUUGCAAAUGGAGACCUUGGCUACCGACGAUGAAGACGUCAAGGCUGCCGAUAUUCUUCGGCACUACUUGCGCAACAAGGUGCUCAAAAUUAAGCGCAACGUUGACCCCGCUACCAAUGUAGUUGCUCCAGGCAUGGUGGACGCCAAGGCCGUCCGUAAAAAGCUUUCCAAGCAGCUCCGAAUCGACUUGGAACUGCACGAAACAGUUCACUUGCAGAAGGAGCCCGUUCUCUCCCACACCGAGUUAACCGAUGCCGAAGAACAGGCCAUUAUGGAAGGUCUCGGAGAUCCGGAGGAAAAGUGCCAGACACAAAUUCGUGCAUUGGGUUUGUAUCUAGCUCGCAUCUCCCUGCGAGGUGGCUUCCAGAUUCCGUUGAAAGUGGAAGUAGUAAAGCGCUAA